GCCAACAAGGGCAUCGGCUUCGCCAUCGCGCGGGAGCUGUGCCGGCAGUUCUCGGGGGACGUGGUGCUCACCGCGCGGGACGCGGCGCGGGGCCAGGCGGCCGUGCAGCAGCUGCGGGCCGAGGGCCUGAGCCCGCGCUUCCACCAGCUGGACAUCGACGACCUGCGGAGCAUCCGCGCCCUGCGCGACUUCCUUCGCGAGGAGUACGGGGGCCUGGACGUGCUGGUCAACAACGCGGGCAUCGCCUUCAAGGUGAAUGACCCCACACCGUUUCAUAUUCAAGCAGAAGUGACGAUGAAAACAAACUUUUUCGGUACCCGAGACGUCUGCACGGAGCUCCUGCCUCUCAUGAAACCCCACGGCAGAGUGGUGAACGUGUCUAGCAUGGUGAGCCUCCAAGCGCUUAAAAACUGCAGCCCGGAGCUGCAGCAGAAGUUCCGAAGCGACAGCAUCAGCGAGGAAGAGCUGGUGGGGCUCAUGAACAAGUUUGUGGAAGACACGCGCAAGGGGGUGCACCAGAAGGAGGGCUGGCCAAACACCGCGUACGGAGUCACGAAAAUCGGCGUCACCGUCCUGUCCAGAAUCCACGCCAGGAACCUGAGCCAGCACAGGAGAGGGGACAGGAUCCUCCUGAAUGCCUGCUGUCCGGGGUGGGUGAGAACCGACAUGGCUGGACCCAAGGCCACCAAGAGCCCAGAAGAAGGAGCCGAGACCCCUGUGUUCCUGGCCCUUCUGCCCUCGGACGCCGAGGGGCCUCACGGACAGUUCGUGAUGGAGAAAAAGGUUGAGCCGUGGUGAGCUCGUCCCGCAGCUCCCUCCGCGGGCCCCGUUGUGAUCUGGCCUGAAUUGACCCAGAGGACGUGACACCGUCAAAUAAUUUCUAUCCGGGUAUCUUUAUAAAGUGUUCGUUUCAGUUGGCUACUAA